AUGGAACGGGCUAACGAAUUUGACAGAAAGAAGGGGUGGAAUGCAAAGCAGGUAGAGCCAACCACACUUUUCAAUGAAGUCGCAACCAAAUUCGGCGGAGAAAGCAAACUUGCUUCCAACAAAACGAUCGCAUUGGCUAGGCCUGAGCCUGUGAUCUAUGGGGACGAACAGCUGGCAAAAAACAGCAAAGCCAACAAGAACAAGCUGAGAAAACUGCCUAAGACAAAUGGCUUCCGUCUGAUUCAAGAUGCCGGUCAGACCGCAACUCUAAUAUCUGGAAAGGAUGGCCGAAUCUACAUGACCAACAACUCGGCGGAGUACGAUAUCAGUGCACCGUGGGGUGGUCUACAGGUUGAUAAGAAUAUCUUCAGCUACGACGUUUUCGGACGUCUCAUCUGGUUCAACGCCGCAAGAAUCACUUCAAAGAAAAGCGAACAGAGCAGCGGGUCUCUAGAUUCUUUACUUGAUGUGAAUUCUUACCUUAACAUGGUAGAUCUAGGUGUCUCCGCAGCUGAAAGUAUGCCCAAAGGAGCCAAAGCUGCGUAA